AUGGCGGUUAAAAUCAAGCUUAUAGUUGAGAGCAAAGAAAUAUGUUUAACUGUCGAAAUAAAAGAUGAAGUCAUACCACACUAUGGUCAGCAUUUUUGUAAAUUUAAUUUACAAGGAAAAAAUUGGAAAUUUCAAUCUUCUAAUAAUAUGACUGAAUCAGAAAACACAGUAGCUGUUGAUUUCCAAGAAUAUGAUUUAUCAACUACAUCUGAUAUGUUUUCAGAUAUAACAGAUGCCGAGGUUAAAAAGCAAUCAAAUAAUAUUUAUGGGAAGCAUAAAAUGAAUGAAGAUUGUGACUCUUGUAAAGGCAAUGCCAAAGAUAAUGAUCCCAUUUGUGCCCAGAUAUCUUCAGUACAGUCAAUUUCAGAAAGCGAACAUGAAAACAUUUUGCCUUUAAUGUUCGAUAUAUCACAAUUUUCUUCAGAUUGCAAUACUGAUAAAUUAUUUAAUAGAGAUUUGGAGACUCCAAAUUAUAAUUCAUUUAGUUCAGAUUCGUGUGAAGUUCCCUCAAAAUUAUCACAAUGCAAAAGAGCUUGGAUGGUAGAUAAUGCAUGUGCAGAAAUAACUAGUGAUGAAUCAGACUUGAAAUUUGAAAAUGAAAUUUUUAAAAAUCAAGAGGCUUGUAAUUUCGAACAUAGAAGAAGUUCUAAUGAAUUAUAUGUUGUUGAUGAAAAGGAAGAAUAUGAGAAUACUGAACAUCAAAUGCUAAAUGAAGAUUUAAUUAAAAAAAUUGUUAAUCAUAUCAUUACAAUGGAUCCAAGGAAACAAAAUACUCUUCUUAAGGUAUUGGGCAUAAUUGAAAACUCUGCUGCUGAUGAUGCACCACAUGAUUCUUCUUUGAAAGAACUUCAACAAGAUUCUAAUCAUCAAAAUGACAUAUCAACUCAGUCUUCCAUGGCAGGAGUAAGAGAAAGGCGUCCUUUUCAAUCUGCUAAUUUUAAAAAGCAGGAUUUAAACAUUCGAACAGAUAAUUCAAGUUUUCAUAAUUUGUCACAAUCAUCAACAGCAAUUUCCAUAACAUUUGAAUUGUUAAGUAAUUAUGGCCAUCCAAAGAGAAUUGGUUUAACAGAGGUUGAAUUUUUGAAUCCAUUAGGUGAUAGACUUGAAGCAAGUGUUGCAGGUUCAAGAGUGAAUGAUGUAGCAGGAGAAUUAUCUAAUAUUUUGAAUGGAAGAACAAAGAUAACAAAUCAGGAUGAUAUGUGGAGCUGUGAAUUCCCAGAAAAAUCUUUGAUAUCACUUGUAUUUACUAUACAUUUACCUGUAACAAAUCAAAAAAAUGCAAAUAAUUCAUAUGUUUCUGCUAUAAGAAUAUGGAAUUAUAAUAAAGAUGUAAAGGAACUAAAUGUUGGUGUUCAAAGAGCAAAAAUAAUCAUUGGAGAUACUGUAAUAUUUGAUGGUGAAUUUCAGCAGGGAUGUGGGAAUGAAUCACAUGAUUAUAGUCAGACUAUAUAUUUAGAUCCUUCAGUACAAUAUGCAUCUCGAUGUGGAUUAUUACAGAAAUCAAAACAUAAAGAUAAUACAAGGAAUUCUGGAAAGAAUGUAUCAUUAGAAUAUGGUUCUGAGGGCAUCAUUAAAACAAAAGAUAAUCUAAAAGAUGAAACAAAUUCUCUUGAAUGGUUGAGCAGUUCACCAUCUUUAGACAUAUCAAGAAUGAAUUCUCGAUCUUCAAGGAGGCAAGUGCAUUUUAGAAUUUUAAAAGAAAGAUUUAUUGGAAGAAGAUGGAGUGGUUUACAGGCUUCAAUGUACGUGUGGAGUACCGUAUUACUACGUUGGAGAAACGAAACGGAAACUAAAAGUGAGGAUGUCGGAACACUUGGCAGCAUAUUUUGGAUUGUCAGGCCAAUGAGUGAAAGUUUGGGUAGAAAACCAAAGUGGUAUGAGGAUUUACAACAGAAACCACCAUUAUUAAAUUCAAGAACCAAUUCUGUUGAAAAACCUACUUGGUUGUCUUCUAAAACAGAACUUCAAGAUAAUUACAGUGAAACAAGAAGCCAUAGUCAAACUAGCAGAAGAAAUAGUUUUGAAACAGUUGAUUUUCUUGAUUUCUCAAUAAACAAACCAGAAUCACCAAAUGAUUCAUUAUUUGAUGAUAAUGUGAAAACUCCAAGAGAAUUGUCUGCUCGAUUUGGAAGAAGAGCUCCAAAACCUGAUCAUGCAGAUUCAGGUUACAAAAGUGAGAGAGAAAGACCUCAGAGCAGAGUCAGCAUUAAUGAUAAUUCACAAUUAGAAGAUUAUUGGAUGUCACUACAUGUAUUUGAACAUUCACAUAAGGGCAGACUUAGUAUGUCUGUGGAUGCAGAAGGUAAUUUGGAUUUUAUCAUUCCUGAAUUACCCGAAGGUCAGAAUCUUACUCUGAAUAUUUUAACAACAUGGGGUGAUAAACAUUAUGUUGGUUUGAAUGGCAUUGAAAUCUUCUGUGAUAAUGGUCAUUUAGUAGAGGUUGAAAAGCUCUGGGCAGAUCCAGCCGACAUUAAUAUUCUACCAGAAUAUUCUUGCGAUCCACGCAUUAUUACAAAUUUAAUAGAUGGAGUAUACCGAACUCAUGAUGAUAUGCAUUUAUGGCUUGCACCUUUUACAAUGAACAGCAACCAUUAUAUUUAUAUGACAUUCAAACAACCUGUUAAAAUAGCUAUGAUUAGGAUAUGGAAUUACAAUAAAUCAAGAAUUCAUUCAUAUAGAGGUGCAAGACAUAUGGAAAUGAUUUUAGAUGGUCAACCAAUUUUUAAAGGUGAAAUAGCUCGUGCUUGUGGAGGAAUACAAGGAAGUACAGAAGCUUUUGGUGAUACUAUCCUAUUUACAACAGAUGAAGAAAUAUUGGAAGCAAUUUCUCAUCAUGAUAAUGCUUUCAAUGAUGAUAAUGACAUAACCACACCUAUUAAUUUGAUUGUAGAACGUCCUUGCACAUCGGAUCCUGAUUGCAGUAGUGAGAGACCAUUUACAGCAGCUAGUCCUAGUUAUCCUGUGGAAUCAAAAAAAUCUGUUGAUUCCUUACCUUAUCAGGAGAUUGAAAAAAAUGCAUAUUCUUGUACUUGUUUAUUAUUUACAUUAUUAUCGGGAUGGGGUGAUUAUUCAGACAUUGGUCUCACAGGUAUAGAACUGAUUGGGUGCAAUGGAAUUGAUAUGAUUCAUUUGUCACCCGAAAUGAUUCGUUUGUCAUCAAAUGAACCUUGUGAGAAACUCUCAAGACUCAUUGAUGGAAUUAAUGUUACUGUGAAUAAUGAACAUAUGUAUUUAUUUGAAUCCAAAGAAGAUCAUAUGCCUUGUUUCUUGAUCAGAUUUAAUAAUCCUGUAAUAAUAAGUGGCUUUCGUAUAUGGAAUUAUAAUGGAAGCACAGAUGAUGUCUAUAAAGGGGUUAAAUAUUUGUCUGUUAGUUUGGAUGGACAUUGUGUUUCACCUCCUGAAGGUUACUUGAUACGUAAAGGUCCAGGCAACUGUCAUUUUGAUUUUGCUCAAGAAAUAAGAUUCGAUAGCAUGGCCUCUCCUUGUAAUGUUGACUCAGCACAGAGUUUAUCUCCACGACCAAGAAAAAAUACAGAUGAUACUAUUUCAGACUAUGAAUCUCCAGUUAUGCCUCAUGGUUUCAUAUUUCAAUUACAACUCUUAUCCACAUGGGGCGAUGCAUAUUAUAUAGGUUUGAAUGGCUUAGAAAUGUAUGAUAUUAAUGGAAGAAAAAUAUCUCUGACAGAAAGUAAUAUAGCUGCCUAUCCCGAUAGCAUAAAUAUAUUAAAGGAUGUUAAUAAUGAUAUCCGAACACCAGAUAAGUUAAUUGACGGAAUUAAUGAUACAUUAGACGGAAGACACAUGUGGUUGGCACCUAUACUUCCUGGUGUGCUUACAAGAGUUUAUAUCAUUUUUGAUUAUCCCAUUACUAUAUCCAUGAUUAAAUUAUGGAAUUAUGCAAAAACGCCAACACGUGGAGUUAAAGAAUUUGGUCUAUUAAUAGAUGACCUGUUAGUUUAUAAUGGUGUGUUAGCACAAAUAUGUCCAGGAUUUGAAACUAUUCCUUAUCAUACCAUUUUGUUUACAACAGACAGAGAAAUUUUAAACAAAGAAAAAAAUACUGUUGUUAGGAACCAAGAUGUAGAUCAUUCUGUACAGUUAACAAAUAAAACUGAAUUACAUACAAAAGGAAGUGCUGAAAUUGCAGAUCAAGCUCUGAGGCCAACGACGGGUGUGGGACCAGCCUGUCGGAACAGGAGGUGAGAUUACUCUUUCCAGAAUCAAAGUACAAGUCAUCACUGUGAUAUAUCCUUGCACACGUGCCUCAAGUAGGACAUUGCACAACUUUUAGAAAAGAAGUGUGAUUUUAAAACAACACUAAAUAUUUAACAUCACUUUUGUACCUACAAAAUCAUGUUUUGUUACAAUAUGUAAAUUUUGUAUCUCACGUAAAUAAGCACUUGAAUUCUAUGUUGUUAAUAACUAGCAAGAUUUAAUACUUGCUAAAUUUAUUUUAUAUGUUACAAAACUAUUAUUUCUAGAAGAUUAAAAUAUUCUAUAAAUUCUUUUGUUUUGUCAAUUAUUUCUAGGGAAGAAGAUUGUGCUAUGAUUAUUAUGUAAACAAUAAAAUUUUUGUAAAAACUUGUGUGAUAUACAGUAAUUUCAUUACUAGAAAAGAUAUUGUAUUAAUACAGUAUUUUUCAACCUUUUAAUAGCAGUACCCCUACUUCUUUAUCAAUGUGGUUAUUGAAUUUUUCACACUAAUACAUGUCAUAGGUGAUGGAUGAUCAGUGACACCCAAGUACACCAUAGUGCACUGGUUGAAAAUCAUUGGUAUGAUAUAAUAAUGAGAAUAUGAUAAUUAUGUCAGCAAAUGAUCACUGUAAUAGACUAUCUGAAAUUAUAAUUUUAAUAAUGCAGAAUUUGAAAAUUUAUUAUCAGCAUCUGGGUUUUAUUACUACAUACAUUUACUGCAAAUUGUAAUCAGAUUGAAUCAAAAUUAUGACAUAAGAUUUUAAUAACUAAAAAAGAAUUAAAUCAUAAUUAGCAAGCACGUAGACAAUAUAUUUUAAUAAUGUCUAGAGCCAAGGACUCUCAAAUAUGCUGCUAAGAAAAUUUUAUAGUUAGGUCAAUUCUGUGUGAUUCUUUAAUCUAGGACUCUAGGAUUCACCAAGUAUCAAAAUUUCUGCUAUUUAGGACAGUUUUUGAGAAAUUCAUCUUGGAUAAUAGGAUUAUCCACAUUCCUUUGUGUUCAUGAUUUUAUUUCAAGAG